CUUCCCCUGUGCUCUCUCAGAGGUGGGUUGGCUUCUCCUCCCCCUCUUACCAAGUCCUCGGUUCUAGGGUUUUAGUUGGAAGGGAGAUGGCGGCGGCGGAUGUGGAGUACCGCUGCUUCGUCGGCGGCCUCGCCUGGGCCACCGACAACGCGUCCCUCCAGCAGGCCUUCGCCUCCUACGGCGACGUCCUCGACUCCAAGGUCAUCACCGACCGUGAGACGGGGAGGUCCCGCGGGUUCGGCUUCGUCACCUUCUCCACGGAGCAGUCGAUGCUGGACGCCAUCGAGGCCAUGAACGGCAAGGAGCUCGACGGCCGCAACAUCACCGUCAACCAGGCCCAGUCCCGCGGCGGUGGCGGCGGCGGCGGUGGCUACGGCGGCGGUCGCCAGGGAGGUUACGGCGGCGGCGGCGGAGGCUACGGCGGAGGUGGUGGCGGCUACGGCGGCGGUCGCCGCGAGGGAGGCUACGGUGGCGGCGGCGGCGGCGGCUACGGCGGAGGCGGUGGCGGCUACGGCGGUCGCCGCGAGGGCGGCUACGGCGGCGGUGGCUACGGCAGCCGCGGUGACUCCGGUGGCACCUGGAGGAACUGAUGGGGUGGCCCUCCCGUGCUGGCAGCCAAGUUAUCCUAGAUAUCAUAUUAGUGUUCCGUGUUACUGUUCGAUCCGAGUUACCCCUGAGUUUAGUGGCCGUGUUACCGUUCGAUUAGGUGUUGGUUCCCCUGUUUACCGUUCCCGAGUUGUUCCCGCAAUGAAGUGAGAAGAAAAGAGUGAGCAAGGUUUUUGUUCG